CAGUCAUAUGCAUGUUGGCCGCGCGUCGAUGUAACGAAGCUAUUUUUGUUUUAAAUUUCGAAUGACCCUGAUGUACUCUGCUAGAUAUCUUACACGUGUUCAUGUAUCAUAUCGGAAUUGGAAGUUAAAAGUAAUAAGUUUUCGGAAAAACUUUUUAUAAAUUCAAAGAUGGGUGAAGCACCUAAAUAUUACGGUAAAAGAAGGAGUAUCGUGCGCAGAAUUGGAUCAUUUUUACCUUUAAGGCCACCUCCAAAAAUUUAUGUAAGCGUCACACCUCUGCAUUCUAUGACAAGUUCCAUGAUUAACGAGGAAACUAGUAAUGAUUAUGUUGAUUCAAAUGGUUAUGGACCUGCAAGUGGUAGGUUAUUAGGUAGCAGACCGGAUUUAUUGGAACCAAUUAGUUUUGGUUCUGAAAUUCGAUUACUUGCUUUAGAACAAGAAUUACAAGAGCUCAGAGAGCAGAUAUCGGUAAUAGUUAAAAGUAGUAAACAAUCGCAAUAUACAUCCACUGCAUCUUUGUCCAGCGAAAAGGAUUUUAAACCUCAGCCACCUCCACCACCACCGCUUCCGCCACCUUCAACUCCGCACAUUGCAAGAAGGGCAAGUUUACAAGAUCACAAAAUUGAAGAUCGUAAAAAAGUGCCAUUAAAUACACAGAAAUCAAUGGGUGAUAUAUUGAAAGACAUUGAUAAAGUCAAGUUGAGGCCGAUCGCAAGAUCCCCUGGAGGUCGGCCAUUACAAAUGAAACGUGUAAAUAGUCCGUGCAACGACUUGCAAGAAAUUUUACGUAAACGAUACAUCGCAAUGCAAUCACCCGAUAGCAGAAACUCAUCUGGUAAUUUAACGUUAGAUGAUUCUUUUUCAACUUAGUUUGUACUAAUAAUCGUACAGCACGCCAUACAAUUCGUUGCUUUGAUGACAACGAUCGUAUGCAAUCAAUAUGCAUUUAUGCAAUGCAACAAUUUAUUUUCGUGCUGUUAAAUAUUAUGAAUCUUUUAAAUUUAUAAUCCAAUUACUUAUCUCAUAACACAGUUCCUUUUAAUUUAAAACGAAUUUAAACGCGUGGCACAUAAAAUUUAGGUAAUUCUACGAAAUAUUUUUCCUAGCGUAGUGUACAAAACGAAUAGAACUCACUUUAGAAAGAGAGAAAGAGAGAGAAAGAGAGACAUACUUUAAUAGAUGAUAUUAAGGAUUCUCUGAAUUUGCCAGGGUAGAUUUUUUUGUUACAGCAAGUAACGAUAAUACUUUGCUAACCAAAGAAUCGAAGGGUGGAGUGCAAUUCUCUCACGGAAAUAGAUCUCGUUUUUAAUUUUGACAUAUAUUGACGAAAUUUUAUUCCAAAUUGUAACGAAUAUAUUAGCGCAAACACAUUUUUAUUUGUUGUAUCUUAAAUCUAAGAGAUGACAUGAGACGAUAGAACUUUAUAUUCCUUAAUUUUUAAUUCACAUAUCCGGCUAAUGUAUAUCAAGUAAUAAGUUAAUCAUUUAUUUUAUCGUGCCAGAAUUAUAUAGAUUAUUAUUUCUGUUUCCUAAACAUGAUUAUUGUGAUAUUAAGAUUCUUAAUAGGAUUUCACAGAUUAUGAAUGAAAACAAAUAUAAUGUGUACGGUUCCAUAGAAGAAGAAGAAGUAAGUGAAUUAUGAAUCUUCGAUAUGAAUUUCAGACAUGCGAUAAGUUUUAUGUUCGUACCAUGCGCUUUUAUGUUCAAUGUAUACCAUUUUCUUAUAUGCAUAUAUGCUCGAAUAACAUAAUUCUAUAAUGAUAAAAUAAUAUAGACCCGUUCGUAAUUGGUUUGUGGAGAGACUGAAUACGAUCUUUAAUGAUAUUACGAAUGUACAGAUGCGUUUUAUACAUAAAGCUUUUAUUAAUAAUAAAUACGAAAAAAUAAACGUUAUUGUUAAAGAAAA